CGACAUCUUAUUGUUUAUCAUCACAAUGUGUCUUUAAAAUGAACCAAAUGCUCCUAUUAAUUGUCUAGCUUUGCCAUUUUUUCGAAAGAGAGGUUAAAAACCCCGGCCUUCACAUUAUUGCGAAGCACAUAACCAUCUUUAUUAAUAGAGUUGAAUAUGUCCACGGAACCCUCAUGAGGUCAUGUGAAGACUAAAGACCAAAUCGAUCCAUGAGUUUUUCCGGUUGUUCACCAAACGAAAUGAUAGUCAUGCAUGGCACGAGACAACUCUCUCUAAGGAACUCGGAUAACUUCAGGAGAAGGGGUGCCUCCUAUGCCUUUUCUAGGCCUAAAACACGUUCAUGCCUCUCCUCUCUAAAGUCUGACCUUAUUGAAAAGUAGUAUACUUUCUUUCGUGGUGUUCACUCCUUUGAAUAAGUUAAAAUAAAACAAAGUGCUAUCAAUCGAUUUGCUAGGUUUUGGAGGACAGGGACAUGGUGAACCGGAUCAACACAUCUUUCUGGGACCUAAAGUUCCCAACAUCGGAGGAGCCAAACUCCAGCCCAUCAGCAGAUGAUACUGGGGAUGCCGACAUCGUGUUCGAAGACCUCAACCAUGAAAGCAUAGCCGCCAUAAUACCCGGGGAACUCGAGCUAGGGGAGGUCGAGUGCCUAUCCGACGGCAACCUCGAGCGGAUCACGAAGGAGAUCAAUGGGUUCUACGGCCUCUGCGACGAGCUGGACGUGGGGGCUCUCGAGGAAAAUUGGAUCAUGGGCGGGUCUUUGGAGGUCAUGUCUGCGUCGGAAGUGUCGAUGGCGCCUGCCGCCACCGACGGGAUCACUGAUGGUGCUGUCACUUUUAGCUUCGUUGAACCCUCUCGCUCAUCAUGCUUUACGGCUUGGAAGAGAUCGUUGGACUCAACAGAAGACGUGGAUACGUCCGUCGCCGGGGAGUCGCAGAAGUUGCUGAAGAAAGUUUUGGCCGGUGGCGCAUGGGCAAAUAAUGGUGGUGACGGCACCGCGAGAGCUCAGGAAAGUACCAACACAAAAAACCAUGUCAUUUCGGAGAGGAGACGCCGGGAGAAGCUCAAUGAGAUGUUUCUGAUUCUCAAGUCGUUGGUUCCGUCCAUUCACAAGGUGGACAAGGCAUCCAUCCUAGCUGAAACGAUAGCCUACCUCAGAGAGCUGGAGCAGAAGGUGGAGGAGCUAGAAUCCAACAGGGCGGCCGCAACAGCCGUUCGAAAACUCCAUGACGUCAGCGGGAAGAAGGUGUUAGCUGGUUCCAAGAGAAAGGCGUCGGAGCUCGGCGGGGACGACGCGGACAGGGUGCUCUCCAAGGAGGACGUCCCGAGCAACGUCGUCAACGUCACCGUGACGGAAAAAGAGGUGCUCCUGGAGGUGCAAUGCCGGUGGAAGGAGCUGCUCAUGACACAAGUGUUCGACGCCAUCAAGAGCCUCCGCCUGGACGUGCUCUCCGUGCACGCGUCCACGCCCGACGGCCUCCUCGCUCUUAAGAUACGAGCUCAGUUUGCCGGCCCUGCCGCCGUGGAGCCCGGGAUGAUCAGCGAAGCGCUCCAGAGAGCCAUACGCAGGCGCUGAAAGGAAACGCUGCUGAAAGCGUGACACUGGCGCUGUAGAUUCGUAAAUCUGGUGGCUAUGUUCUUCAGACAUGACAAUUAUUUCUUUCGCUCCGAAACGCCUGUUGUAGUCGCCCGUUGGGCUUGAUAACGACGGGCUUACUAAGAAACGCCGUGGAGACGGGCGAGCAUUUUUUUUAUGUAAAAU